CAGCAUAAGCAGCAGCAGCAGCAGCAGCAGCAAAAUACAAGAGAUGCAGCCAAAAUUAGCCCAAUUAGUCACAUUCAUUAUUUUAGUUGGAUUCUCGGUUCCAACGAUGUCUUACAAAGUGGAGCCACUACCCGAUUCGUAUGCCGGUCUGGGCGAGGGUCCGCACUGGGAUGAGGCCAGACAGAGCCUGUACUUUGUGGAUUUAGAAGCAGGCAGCCUCCUGCGCUACGACUACAAGCAGAACAAGACGUACAGGACGCAGAUCGAGGGCGAGACACUGGCCGGCUUUGUGCUGCCCGUUGAGGGCAAUGCCCAGGAGUUUGCUGUCGGCUGUGGACGUCGCGUCGUGAUCGUCAACUGGGACGGUGUGUCGCCGUCGGCGAAGGUGGUGCGCACUCUGUUCGAGGUGCAGUCCGAAUUCAAGGCGAAUCGCUUAAAUGAUGCCAAAACCGAUCCACGGGGUCGCCUCUUUGCCGGCACCAUGCGCUACAUUGGCGAUGAGUUCGAGCAUCGUCACGGCGAGCUGUACAAGUGGGAGGCCGGCGGCAGUGUGUCGGUGGUGAAGAGCGAUGUCGGCAUUUCCAAUGGUCUUGCCUGGGAUGAGAAGGCCAAGAAGUUCUACUAUAUCGAUACCACCGAUUAUGAGGUCAAGUCCUAUGACUAUAACUUCGAUACUGGCGUCGCCAGCAAUCCCAAGGUAAUCUACAAUUUGCGCAAGACCAGUCCCAAGGAUCAUAUCCUGCCCGAUGGCAUGACCAUUGAUACCGAGGGCAACAUCUAUGUGGCCACAUUCAAUGGCGCCACCAUCUACAAGGUCAAUCCAAGCACCGGCAAAGUCCUGCUGGAGAUUAAGCUGCCCACCAAGCAGAUCACUUCGGUUGCCUUCGGUGGACCCAAUCUGGACAUUCUAUACGUGACCACCGCAGCCAAAUUCAACCAGCCCGCGCCAGCUGGCACCACCUACAAGGUGACGGGUCUCAAUGCCAAGGGCUAUCCCGGCGUCAGCCUAAAGAUCUAAGCACACGCACAAUCACAUACUUAUAAUAAUUAUGGCACUUCAUGUUUUUCUCUUGUUUUUUACCCACACAAUUAUUAUCGAUCUAACUAAAUAUCAAAUGACACACGGUG